UUGCAUAGCACAUUGUAACACAAGCAAGUAAGACGCACUAUACGUCAUUCUUUCAUUUCAUAACAAGGGAUAACUGCGUAUCCACGCAGUUUUCCCUUUACUAGCUUUGGUUUCAAACUAUAAAUUGUAACUGCAAGCCAUCAAAAUGUACGACACAGAAGAUGAUCAGUAUGAGGAGGAAGACGUUGAAGAAAUUUCGUCUGAACUCUGGCAGGAAGCCUGCUGGAUUGUCAUCAACGCAUACUUUGAUGAAAAAGGUUUAGUACGUCAACAAUUGGAUAGUUUUGAUGAGUUUAUUCAGAUGUCAGUGCAGCGCAUCGUAGAGGAUUCGCCACCAAUAGAAUUACAAGCUGAAGCACAACAUGCUUCGGGAGAAAUAGAGGUACCACCAAAAUACCUUUUGAAAUUCGAUCAAAUUUACCUCUCCAAACCUACGCACUGGGAAAAAGAUGGUGCUCCAUCACCUAUGAUGCCAAAUGAAGCUCGACUUCGUAAUCUGACCUAUUCUGCUCCACUAUAUGUUGACAUAACUAAAACCAUUGUAAAAGAAAAUGAGGAUCCCAUUGAGACGCAACAUCAGAAGACAUUCAUUGGUAAAAUUCCUAUUAUGCUGAGAUCUACAUAUUGCUUACUUAGCAAUCUAACUGACAGAGAUUUGACCGAGUUGAAUGAAUGCCCCCUUGACCCCGGUGGCUAUUUUAUAAUUAACGGUUCAGAAAAGGUCUUGAUAGCCCAGGAGAAAAUGGCAACAAAUACAGUGUAUGUGUUUAGCAUGAAAGAUGGAAAGUAUGCCUACAAAACUGAAAUAAGAUCAUGCUUGGAGCACAGUUCCAGGCCUACAUCCACUCUUUGGGUGAACAUGAUGGCUCGAGGUGGUCAGAGCAUCAAAAAAUCUGCUAUCGGUCAGAGGAUUAUUGCCAUUGUGCCUUAUAUCAAACAGGAAAUACCAAUCAUGAUUGUAUUUAGGGCUCUUGGAUUUGUCGCAGAUAGAGAUAUUCUUGAACACAUUAUCUAUGACUUUGAUGAUCCUGAAAUGAUGGAGAUGGUUAAACCAUCACUUGACGAAGCUUUUGUAAUCCAAGAACAGGGUGUUGCACUCAAUUUUAUUGGAUCUAGAGGUGCCCGACCUGGUGUUACUAAAGAGAAGCGUAUUAAAUAUGCUAGAGAAAUCCUACAAAAAGAAAUGUUGCCUCAUGUUGGAGUUUCUGAUUUUUGUGAAACAAAAAAAGCAUAUUUUCUGGGUUACAUGGUGCACAGACUAUUACUUGCGGCUCUUGGACGACGAGAAUUGGACGACAGAGAUCAUUAUGGAAAUAAGAGAUUAGACUUAGCUGGGCCACUGCUAGCUUUCUUAUUCAGAGGUCUGUUCAAAAACUUGUUGAAGGAAGUUCGCAUGUAUGCCCAAAAAUUCAUUGACAGGGGAAAAGACUUCAAUCUGGAGCUGGCUAUCAAAACAAAAAUAAUCACAGAUGGCCUUAGAUACUCACUUGCUACUGGCAACUGGGGAGACCAGAAGAAGGCUCAUCAAGCUAGAGCUGGAGUGUCUCAGGUGUUAAAUAGAUUGACCUUUGCAUCAACACUCUCACAUUUGCGGCGUGUGAACUCGCCAAUUGGACGCGACGGAAAGUUGGCGAAACCUCGUCAGUUGCAUAAUACUCUAUGGGGAAUGAUAUGUCCUGCUGAAACUCCUGAGGGAGCUGCUGUAGGCCUUGUAAAGAACCUGGCCUUGAUGGCUUACAUUUCCGUAGGAAGCCAACCUUCUCCCAUUCUUGAGUUCUUGGAAGAAUGGUCUAUGGAAAAUUUGGAAGAAAUUGCUCCAUCAGCCAUAGCCGAUGCUACUAAGAUAUUUGUAAACGGGUGCUGGGUAGGUAUUCACCGUGAUCCUGAACAGUUGAUGGCUACAUUGCGUAAGCUUCGACGCCAAAUGGAUAUCAUUGUUUCAGAAGUGAGCAUGAUUCGUGAUAUUAGAGACAGAGAAAUACGAAUCUACACUGAUGCUGGCAGAAUUUGCCGUCCAUUAUUGAUUGUCGAAAAUGGAGCUUUAUUAUUGAAGAAAAAGCAUAUUGACAGUCUCAAAGAAAGAGAUUACAAUAAUUAUGGAUGGCAGAAUUUGGUAGCCAGUGGUGUUGUAGAAUACAUUGACACUUUGGAAGAAGAAACAGUAAUGAUAGCAAUGAGCCCUGAUGACUUGGCUCAAAUAAAAGAGUAUGCCUAUUGUUCUACAUACACCCAUUGCGAGAUUCAUCCUGCUAUGAUAUUGGGAGUGUGUGCUUCAAUUAUUCCAUUCCCUGAUCACAACCAAAGUCCCAGAAACACAUACCAAAGUGCUAUGGGUAAACAAGCUAUGGGAGUUUACAUCACCAACUUCCAUGUCCGGAUGGAUACUCUCGCCCAUGUGCUGUAUUAUCCUCAUAAACCACUGGUAACAACAAGGUCCAUGGAGUACUUGAGAUUCAGAGAACUACCAGCUGGCAUCAAUUCAAUUGUAGCUAUUCUAUGCUACACUGGUUACAAUCAGGAAGACAGUGUCAUCUUAAAUGCAUCUGCUGUGGAAAGGGGCUUCUUCAGAUCAGUGUUCUACCGUUCCUAUAAAGACUCUGAAUCCAAACGUAUUGGCGAUCAAGAAGAACAAUUUGAGAAGCCAACAAGACAGACCUGUCAGGGCAUGAGGAAUGCUUUGUAUGACAAAUUAGAUGAGGAUGGAAUCAUUGCCCCCGGUAUUCGUGUCUCUGGCGAUGACGUGGUAAUAGGUAAAACGAUAACUUUACCUGAAAAUGAUGAUGAACUCGAAGGUACCACAAAACGCUAUACAAAGCGUGACGCAUCAACAUUUUUACGUAACAGUGAGACUGGUAUCGUAGACCAAGUCAUGUUGACGUUAAAUAGCGAAGGCUACAAGUUCUGCAAAAUUCGCGUGAGAUCCGUCCGGAUUCCACAAAUCGGAGACAAAUUUGCUUCACGUCAUGGUCAAAAGGGUACUUGUGGAAUUCAAUACAGACAAGAGGACAUGCCUUUCACCUGCGAAGGGUUGACCCCCGACAUUAUUAUUAACCCCCAUGCCAUCCCGUCUCGUAUGACAAUUGGUCACUUGAUCGAGUGUAUUCAAGGAAAGGUCUCUUCAAACAAAGGCGAAAUUGGCGAUGCCACACCGUUUAAUGACGCUGUAAACGUGCAGAAAAUCUCGUCCCUUCUGCAGGAAUAUGGCUACCAUCUGCGAGGCAAUGAAGUCAUGUACAAUGGCCAUACUGGGAGAAAAAUAAAUGCCCAAGUUUUCUUAGGGCCCACUUACUAUCAGCGUCUCAAGCAUAUGGUAGACGACAAAAUUCACUCCAGAGCGAGAGGACCCGUGCAGAUUCUAGUACGACAGCCUAUGGAGGGCAGAGCCAGGGACGGUGGCCUGCGUUUCGGAGAAAUGGAACGUGAUUGUCAAAUUGCUCACGGUGCAGCGCAAUUCUUACGUGAACGUCUUUUUGAGGUUUCAGAUCCCUAUCGUAUUCAUGUCUGCAACUUCUGUGGUUUUAUCGCCAUAGCCAACCUCCGUAACAAUACAUUUGAAUGCAAAGGCUGUAAGAACAAGACGCAGAUAUCGCAAAUUCGUCUGCCAUACGCUGCUAAGUUAUUGUUCCAAGAACUCAUGUCAAUGAACAUUGCACCUAGAUUGAUGGUCGUCAGCUAGACAUAUAAGUGGAUUAUUUGAUGUAAGGCAUAACUUUGUAAUGGUUUGGUAAUUAAUAAAACAAUAUUACAAUGUUU